ACACUGGUCAUCGUCAUCGCCAUCACCACUUGCAUGCUUGCAUGGUGUAUGCGCUGGUUUUCGUGUUCAGUGUGUCGGCGAGUUUGUUAAGUUUCCGUGUGUAGUUGUUCAAGAAAAUCUGCGUAGUAGAGCUAGUCUUCAUACCGAGUACCUAUACGGCAAGAAUAUGAAUGAACCGACAGACUACGUCGAUAUGGAGUACGAUUCAUAUGGAUACGGCGCGCAUGACAUGGACAUGCACGGGGCCUACGGUUACAGACAAGAUGGCGAUUUCAGGAGCCAAUACCAGCUCACUGAAGCAAUGCAGAGCACUCUGCUGUACCUAAAGAAGGCGGUUCAGGAUGGCAAUGUGUAUGAGAUACAGAAUAUCUACGAGAACAAUUUAAUGAAGGCGAUGGAACAGUAUUUCAAGACAUUGCCCCACCCAAACUCAAAGGAGAUGGCACACAUCUUAGAUGAUGAGGUGUUCACAAUACUUUACAAGGAGUUGUACUACAGACAGAUUUAUGCCAAGGGAGCCCCCAAGGUAGAGGAACGUGUCGAAUCGUACUUCAAUUACUGCGCCCUCUUCAACUACAUCCUAAGCACAGAUGGGCCUGUUGCAUUGGAGCUGCCCAACCAGUGGCUGUGGGAAAUCAUCGAUGAAUUUGUAUAUCAGUUCCAAUCUUUCAGCCAGUUCUGCAGCGCCCUUGGCAAGCGUACUCCAGACGAGAUGGAAGCACUCAACCAGAAUCCCAAGGUGUGGAAUGUGCACAGCGUGCUCAAUGUACUGCACUCAUUGGUGGACAAGUCCAACAUCAACCUGCAGUUGGAGGUGUACACCAAAGGAGGCGACCCGGACAGCGUAGCCGGGGAAUUUGGCCGCCACCCUCUCUACAAAAUGCUGGGAUACUUUUCUCUCAUUGGUCUCCUGCGUCUACACUCAUUACUUGGCGACUACUACCAGGCUGUCAAGGUGCUCGAAAACCUGGAGCUCAACAAAAAGAGCCUGUACUCCCGGGUGCCCGCCUGCCAAAUCACCACCUACUACUACGUGGGCUUCGCGUACUUGAUGAUGCGCCGCUAUGCGGAUGCAAUCCGCACCUUCUCUAACAUACUGGUGUACAUCCAGCGCACUAAACACAUGUUCCAGCAGCGCACCUAUCAGACGGACCAGAUCAACAAGCAGACUGAGCAGAUGUACGCACUGCUGGCCAUCUGCUUGGUGCUGCACCCGCAGCGCAUCGAUGAAAGCAUCCUGUCACAGCUCAAGGAGAAGUACAAUGACCGCAUGAAUAAGAUGCAGAAGGGGGACAUGAACGAGUUUGAGGAGGCGUUCAGUUUUGCUUGCCCGAAGUUCCUGACUCCGGUCCCACCGCCCACCUCACCUGACAAGCAGAAAGAGGUCAAGACAAAGGGCCCAAUGCAACAGCAGCUGAAUGUGUUCUUGCGUGAAGUAGAAGGACAGAUCAUGAUACCCACAAUCAGGAGCUUCCUCAAGUUGUACACCACUCUACCAGUCUCCAAGCUCGCCAACUUCCUGGACAAAGCGGACAAGGCAGAAAGCUUCUACAGCCACCUCAUGAGUUUUAAGCACAAGAUGAAGAAUGUGGUGUGGACCAAGGGUUCCAGCAGCCUUGAUGGAGAGUUCCAGUCUGGCUCCGAAGUAGACUUCUUCAUUGAUGGGAACAUGAUCCACAUAGCGGACACCAAAGUGGCGAGACGUUACGGGGACUUCUAUAUUCGACAGUUCCACAAAUUCCAAGAGCUGUACCGCACCGUGUCCACUCUUCAAUUGUAAGGCUGUUGCUAAUAAACGUCCCAUGAACUUCCA